GUGGCCAUGUUGCGAGUUUAAUUUAUGGAGCAAUUAAAUUUGCUCGUAAAUGUAGGCGUUAGCAAAUCACGUUAAAAAUACUAUUGUAGCUGUAUAUUUAAAUGUUUAGUUUAUUUAAUUGAACUGUAUUUUGAUGUGUUUAAGUGAUACGUGUGGUUUAAAAGUUUAUUAAUAGUUUGUGAAGUAUAAAGCCGACACCGUUUCAAAUCGUCAACAAAAGCCAAAAUGUUUCUUAUUGUCAACGAAACUGAAGAAAUCUUCUUAUAAAUUUUUCACUGGUAAUAACGGAAGAAUAAUUUAAGAAAAUAAAAAAAAGAGCUUGUUCCUAUAAUGUCAACAUAUCAGAAGAGUCAUUGAACCUUUUUUGGAAGCAGAAAAAUUAUUUGUGAUUAAUAUUGGUGGGAAUUGGGUUAAUAAAUAAUCCUCAUGACCAUUCAGAUUGUAAUUUUUGAUUUUAUUUGCUAUUUAUGGGUAAUGACACAGCAAAAGAUAUGGAAACUGAAUCUGUAAAGUCUGAGAACAGUUCCAGAUCCAGACGUUCCAGAGGACAUCGAGACAGAAACAAUUACAGGCAGCAUUCUCACAGAAGUUCAAGGAGCAGCAAAUCUAGAAAAGUCGAUGACAUGGCUCCAUUCCAAACUUCAGUAACUUUAACCCCAGACAAUAGGGAUGGUCAAGAGGUGAUUGAAGUUCAAAUUUUGCCCCAAGAUGAUAACUGGGGAGAAAACACCACUGCCAUAACUGGGAACACAUCUGAUCAAUCGGAAUCGACUGAGGAUGUAAGCAACUGGCCUGGAGAGCCAGACACUGGCCUGGGAUUUAUGUGCCAGCGUUAUAUGGGCACUGUUUUUACUUACGUGCUCUCAAUUGUGGCCUUUCUGAGUCCACUUGCCAUGGUGGUUUUGCCUAAACUGGGAUUUUUUCCCGCCUUAUCUUCUCGUUUGGGUUUGGCAGAUGGGGCUAAGAUUUUAGCCUGCGGUGCCGAAUGCAAAGGCCAGUUGGUGUCGCUUGCUUUUAAAAUGGCCGUAUUGGCUGUUGGCGCAUGGGCGGUUUUUCUUAGAAAGCCGCACGCCACUUUACCGAGGUUCUUUCUGUUUAGAGCAGCAGUGCUGCUCUUCGUCCUGGUUUGUAGUUUCGCUUAUUGGCUGUUUUAUAUUGUGCAAGUCACGGAAACGGCGCGAGCGGCCACAACGCCGGAGGAAACCGUUGAUUAUAAAGCCUUGGUUGCCUAUGCUUCCAGUCUGACGGAUACGUUGCUAUUCAUACAUUAUUUAGCGGUUGUUUUGGUAGAAAUAAGGCAUUUACAACCUUUGUACUACAUUAAAAUCGUGCGUAGUCCUGACGGUGCCAGUAAAGCCUACGGAAUAGGGCAGCUAAGUGUUCAAAGGGCGGCAGUUUGGGUGUUGGAGAAGUAUUACACCGACUUCCCCAUUUAUAACCCCUACUUGGACCGUAUCCCAGUAUCGAAGUCUCGCAAAACGUCGUCGAGCUUCAAAUUCUACGAAGUGGACGGAGUGAACAACUCCGCCAUCCAGCAGUCGCAAUCGCGCGCCAUGCUGGCCGCGCACGCGCGCCGCAGGGACUCGAGCCACAACGAGCGCUUCUACGAGGAGCACGAGUACGAGCGGCGCGUGAAGAAGCGCAAGGCCAGGCUGAUAACGGCCGCAGAGGAGGCGUUCACGCACAUAAAGCGCCUGCACAACGACCAGGCGCCGGCCAUUCCGAUGGACCCGCACGAGGCGGCGCAGGCCAUCUUUCCUUCGAUGGCGCGAUCGCUGCAGAAGUACCUGCGCGUGACGCGCCAGCAGCCGCGGCACUCCGUCGAGUCGAUUUUGAUCCACCUGGCGAGCUGCUUGAGCAACGACCUGACGCCCAAGGCGUUCCUCGAACCGUACAUAGUGAGCGAGCCCGUGCUGCAGAACGAAAAGGAGCUCAAAGACGUGCAGACGUGGGCGCUGAUUUGCGAGGAGCUCUUGACGCGACCCAUCGGCGAGAACACCACCUUUCAGUUGAGGCAAAACGACGUGUCGCUGCUGUGCACGAUCAAGAAACUACCUCACUUUAACAUUACCGAGGAAGUUGUCGAUCCUAAAAGCAACAAAUUUGUUUUAAGAUUAAACUCCGAGACUUCGGUAUGACCAACGAUAUUCGAUAGACUGAUAUAAUUUUUUUACAUAUCCCCUUAGUUUUAAUGUAGGACUUAAUUUAUUCAAUUCUAAUUAAUAUUACUAUUUUGUUAUUGAAGCAUAAAGUCGGUUUCAUAUACAGUGUGUCUACUUAAGUUGGCAACAUAUGGGAAACUUUUUAUUACAAAUUUUACAAAGAAGAAUUAUUCUUUAUAAAAUGUUCUAAAAUCUAAAAUAAAAUCAUCAGAUAUCAGAUUUUUCAGUCAUAUACGAGGUAUGGCAAAAAAUAUGAAUUUGUUACAAGACCUGUUGACUAGUACCUUUAUUUGUGACAAUAUUGAAAACUGUAACUAUGAAAAGUUGUUCGAAAAAAAAACUAUGUUUUAAUAUGCAAUUACAUCCUUCUAUUUAAAAAAUAGUUUUCACAAAUUUUUCUCAAAUUACCGAUACCGAACAAUAUUUUUUUUAUCUAUUACAAACAUGAUAACCUUUCCGUUCCGUUCAGAAAGUAAUACGCUAAAGAAGUAUCGCUAGUAGCGCCACCACUCGGCUGUUAUCAUCGUAACAAAAGUAAAACUUUUAAUCAGCUGUCAGACACUUAUGUUACAAACGAGUGUUUUUGAGAAUAAAGCCGGAAAAUGUUAAAAAAUAUCGGGAAAAAAAACCGUGGCUCGAUUUGUUGUGUUGUUGGGUUUAUGUUGAGAGGAAAUCUUGGGUUGAGUUUUAAGAUAUAAAUUGCAUACAGUCUCUGUAAAUAUAAAUUGUACCUAUUAGAUACAAUAAAAACACAUUUUAGUAGUGAUUAACGUGAAAAGUGUAAACAUUUCAAUUCAGUAAAAGUCGUCAAACAAAUAAGUCGUCUAAAUUUAAACAGCAUUCAGCAUUAUUAAAAGCGUUGAUUAAGAAAGUCUCAACUCAACGGUAAAAUACCAUUAUAUUAUGUAUUAGAUAUAAUAUUAUGUUGCCAUGAAUUAAUGAAGGUAUAUUUUGUUGUUUAAAAUGCAGUUGGCGUUUUUUAGAGAACUCAAAUAUAAAAAUGGUUGAUUUGUACAAAAAUUAUUUUUUACUAAUUUCUUAAAAAUAUCCAAACUUAAAUAUAAAUUAUAUUAGGUAAAGUUAUCAUUAGUUAAUUUUGCACCAACAAAUGUACUUACCGAAUUGGAUCCUUUGGCAAAACAUGAAUAUGCAACGAUUUAGUUCUUGAAUUUUAUUUACAAUUAAAAACGCAAAAAUUCACCAUGAUCCCUUAGAUAAAAUACACACACCAACGUAUUUAUACGCAUUUAUAUAAGCAUUUAAGCGUUGAGUUUCUUAAUAAAUGAUAUAAGGAAUAAUCAAUCGAAAUCGAGUACCUACUAAAAAGUUUUUUAAUUUUUUUCCUUGCAACGAAAAACACAAAUAACGUGCGCGAUUUAGCUCGGCAAUUAAACAAAAUUUGUCGAGUAAGACUUCUGCCUUCCCCUCUUUUGUGAAAAAACUACCUAAUUAUUUAAAAAUGAUGUAUAAUCUGUGCUUUAAAUGUAUUGUUGACAAUUCUUAAGUUCACGCAAUGCUAUCUAAACCCACCAGAUGGCGCGCGCGUUGCAAAAGCCCAAUACUUCUUUAGCGUAUAAGCAAAUUCUGAUGUUUUGACAUUCAAUGUCAAACAUUUCUUGCUAUCGACAAAUCAUUUGUUUGUCAGUGCAUCCUAGAUUACAUGUAACUACAGUUACAUUUGCAUUUUUAUUGUAAACAAAAAAGAAAAAAUGAUUUUUUCCAUGUAAAUGGAAGUAAUUGCAUUUUUGGACGUAGUUUUUAGUUCUGAUCAACUUUUUUGAAUAAGAAUUUUCGAUAUUGUCAAAUAUAAAGGUACUUUACUCUUGAGUAAGAUUAAUAUUUUUUGAUAAACCGCGUAUACGCCUGAUAUUUUUUUAUAUCUGAUGAUUGUAUUUUAGAUUUUAGAACAUGCAGAACUUUUUAAUGAAGAAUAACUUUUUUUCCUAAAAUUAAUAAUAAAAAAGUUUCCCAUAUGUUGCCAACUUAAGUAGACACACUGUAGAUGCGAAUAUUCGCGUUUCGCAACUUCCAUUUCCAAUAGAAUGCGAACGGUCGGAACUAUUUUAGGGACGUUGUUUUCUUACUAGGCGAUAUUUGCCAUCCUAUUUUAAGUACUUAAAUAGUAAAGUUACUUCAAGUGACUAUAAAGGUAAAUAAAAAACAAAAUAAAUAGAGAUGGGAAAAUUCCAAUUUGACGAAAAUUACCGGAAACUUUCCAUCGAAAAUUCCCGAAACUUUCCGAAAGUUUUUUUGUACCAGGAGGAUUGCAAAAAUAAAUAUUAUUAACUACCUAUAUAGGAAUAUUGAAAAGUAAAAGAUACUAAAAAUAGUAUUGCAGUUCUGACCAAUACAAUAUGAAAAAACUACAGGCAAAAUAAAAUCAACAUUUUUGAAUGAGCCUGAGUCUAUCGUUUUUAAAACACAGGCUCUAAGUUGCUACAAUUAUAUUUAUUAGUGCCACCCCAUUGACAUAUUUCCAACCAUCUGAAAUAAUUGUCCUAUUAUCAACCUCUUGUACUUUAUCUUCAACUACUUUUUUGAUAUUAGCAUAUUUAGAGUUAAGCAAUAUUGUACUUAAUUUCUUUCUUCCAGGUAGCUUGAAACUUGGACAUAGUUGCAGGGUUUUCGUCUAAACUAAUGAGGCAAGAACUAGAGUAAAUUGCUCAAGCAAAUAGUUCUUCCAAAUUAUUUUGUUCAUUAAAAGAAAAAAAAUUCUUUUGUUUCCAGUACUGGCUUGCUACCUGAUGGACUCUCUUCUUGACUUUCACUAGAAUUUUGAAUAAAUAAUCUAAUAAUAUAAGAUAUUAUCUUGUGGGUCACAAAGACUUUUUUAUGUUUGACCAUUUUGGUUGCAUAUAUAUUUACAUAUAUUUUUUUACAGAACUUGCAUUGAGCAUGGUCUUUUUUUUGUACUGUUUUAUAAUAAUUCCAAAUAAAAGAUUUUUUAUUGGCAUUCUACUGUACCUAUAAAUAAACAACAAAAACGUUGGAAUGAUUUAAACUUUGUUUAUUGUUUCUAUUUUGUUUACCUUUUAAAAGGAUUUUAUGCAAAUGUUUUUUGCAAACGAUUUAUGAAUUGUGAUGAUAAGAUCUUCAACAAACUUCUUUAAAUUAACACAAAUUAACUACUUCUUAUUCGAAAAUGGAAACUUUCCGAUUCCCAUCUCUAUAAAUAAACAUAAAUGGCUUAAGUGUGAUAAGCAAUUGCAUUAAUGAGCAUGCGAAACGCAUGCGCAUUACGCCAAAUUAGUGCGAUUUCUCGCUAUUCGCAUUUCGCAACCAUAUGUAACCGACUUAAUACUAAUCAAUUGUAUUUUAGGUGGUUAAACUAAUCCUUCUUUUAACCAAAAAUUAUCCAUUUUACGAAAGUGUAAGAUAUUGUUAGCUAAGUACCAAAAUAACAGUGGUUUACAGCCAAAAUGUACAUUUAAUGCCACUAUUCUUUUCUAAUGAACUGGCCUGCUGAAUUCAAAAAUCAUUUUUUUUUCAUUUGUUUUUCGAAUGCAGCUUUACAAUUUGGGCCAAUCUGGUUGCAAAAGGUUUCAAACUAAACACAAUCGAAUCGCCAACUAAUAUCAGUCCGUAUCAUUUGAGUAGUUUUUUUGCCAAAAAUAAGAAUGCAUUAUUAACCUUUUCGCCAAGAACGAAUUAAAAUCAUCGAAAUAUGAAAUGUAUUGUUUAAUUGCAGGAGCUAAACGUUUUUGAUAUCUAGGUGUUCUUAGUCCAACUUGUAACAAACCCAAAAAGCUCUUCAGUCUGCGUGGGCAGCUUCAAAUGCCUGCUCAGAAUAAUUUCAUGAUUAAUCUUCGCACAUUUGUAAAAAUUCGGAAACAGGAUAGUUAAUGGCAUGAAUUUUGGAAGUUAAUAAUUUUUUAGACUUAAAAGACAUUUACUACUCAGAACAGCACCGUGAAAAAACUACUGAGUCAUCUAAUGCAACACAAUAACUACAUGUAGAUAAUUUGAAAAUGGUCAUAUUUCAAAGAUUUUUAUUUAUUCUUGGCGGAAAGGUAAAUGUAGCAUUCUUAUUCUUGUCCAAAAAAAGGAUUUUUUUUAAUAUUCAAAACCAUUGUACUUAACUGAUUAAUAAGACAGUGAUUUUUGUCGCCGAUUCGAUUGGCCGUUUCUAACUCGAGAUAUGACUCAAAUUGUAAUUGUAAAGCUGCCUUUAAAAAAUAAAAUAAAAAUUCAUAUAAAAAAACUUGCAAUACAAAAAUUAUUUUGAUCUUUGAGUUAAGCUGGCCAAAAUAAAUUAGAAAAAAAUAGUGUCACCGAAAGUACAUUUUAUUUUUAUUAAUUUGUAAACCAGUUUAAUCCAUCAAAAGUACAUAUCUAAAUUUAUAACUAUUUUUAAGAAAACUUCGUAGACAUCCCAACAUAAGGGUUUUAUCAUUACACUUUUUAGCACUUGGCAUAAACUUAUGUAAAUACUAUUUUAUAUAGGAAAAUAUUUAUAAAAUACGUACCAUUGGACAUCUCAUUUUUAAUACUCGAUAAUUUUUAAUUUUGCUGAAGCAAAUUAUUUUUGUAAAAAAAAUAUUGUGAUAUUUUUGUAUUUCUUUGCAUUUGUCUAAAAUAAUGCUCAAUUAUUUUUUAAAAUUUAUGUAUCUACUCGUAAUAACAAGGGCUACAUAUUUAUUAUUUUAUUUUUUAUAUUACCUGCAUGCAAACAUGGCAAUAUGUAAUUAAAACGCCCUCUAGAAUAGCUUAGGUUUAAAUACAAGUAUUUAUAGCACAAAUAUAUUGUAAUAAUAAGGUACUUAUGUAUAUGAAACAAAGGUUAAACAAAAAUUUUACUUUUAUAUUUUUUAUUCCAUUCUUUAAAUAGUUUAACAUAUAUCAAGUUACUUGAUUCAAGUACUCAAAGUUGUGCAAUUUUUUAUACAAAUAUGUAAAAUUGUAUUUAUCUACAGUAUUCUAAAAUAAAGACAUUUUACAAUGGAUUUAGGUAGCUUUUUAUAAAUAAAUGUGUGUGUUAAAUAUACGUACUGAUUUUUAAAUUAAAUAAGCGUUUUUAUUUCAAACAAAUAAAACAUUG